ACCAUUUUCCUCCUCACCCGAAAGCAGACGUGUUCUGAGAACGAGGCCGGCAGCAGUUCUAGACACAUUGUGCCGCCUGUCCUUGUCCCGCUGCCGCAGCCGCUGGACAUGGAGCCCCCAGUCCAGAUCUUCCGCGGUGAGCCGGGCCCCACCUGCUCCCCGAGCACCUGCCUGCCCCCCAACGGCAGCGGCUGGUUCCCGGGCUGGGCAGAGCCGGACGGUAACGGCAGCGCGGGCUCGGAGGACGGGCUGCUGGAGCCGGCUCACAUCUCCCCGGUCAUCCUGGUCGUCAUCACGGCCGUCUACUCCGUGGUGUUCGUCGUGGGCUUGGUGGGCAACUCGCUGGUCAUGUUCGUGAUCAUCCGAUACACAAAGAUGAAGACAGCAACCAACAUCUAUAUCUUCAACCUGGCUUUGGCAGAUGCACUGGUAACCACAACUAUGCCCUUCCAGAGCACGGUCUAUUUGAUGAACUCCUGGCCCUUUGGGGAUGUGCUGUGCAAGGUGGUCAUCUCCAUCGACUAUUACAACAUGUUCACAAGCAUCUUCACCUUGACCAUGAUGAGUGUGGACCGUUACAUCGCCGUGUGCCACCCUGUCAAGGCUCUUGACUUCCGCACACCCCUGAAGGCGAAGAUCAUCAACAUCUGUAUUUGGAUCCUGUCUUCAUCUGUUGGCAUCUCUGCCAUAGUCCUUGGAGGAACCAAAGUUAGGGAAGACAUGGAAGUCAUCGAAUGCUCCCUACAGUUCCCGGAUGACGACUACUCCUGGUGGGACCUGUUCAUGAAGGUCUGUGUCUUCGUCUUCGCCUUCGUCAUCCCCGUCCUCAUUAUCAUUGUCUGCUACACCCUCAUGAUCCUGCGCUUAAAGAGCGUCCGCCUCCUCUCCGGCUCGCGAGAGAAAGACCGCAACCUGCGGCGGAUCACCAGGCUCGUGCUGGUGGUGGUGGCCGUCUUCGUCGUCUGCUGGACCCCCAUCCACAUUUUCAUCCUCGUGGAGGCCCUGGGGAGCACCGCCCACAGCACGGCUGCCCUCUCCAGCUACUAUUUCUGCAUCGCCCUGGGCUACACCAACAGCAGCCUGAACCCCAUUCUCUAUGCCUUCCUUGACGAAAACUUCAAGCGGUGUUUCCGGGACUUCUGCUUUCCCAUUAAGAUGAGGAUGGAGCGCCAGAGCACAAGCAGGGUCAGAAAUACCGUUCAGGAUCCUGCCUAUGUGAGGGAGGUUGAUGGGGUAAAUAAACCAGUAUGACUAGUCGUGGAGAUGUCCUCUUACAGUCCUCCGGGUAGAGAAGAGUUCAAUGAUCUAGGAUUAACUCAGAUUACUACCGCAGUCUGAGAUGGAAAGGGAGAAAUUUUAACAAACUUUUAGAAAUCUUGUGGUUCUGAGAUCGCAAGAUGCAGGCUGUGUUAGCGACUCAGGUCGGUGGAAACAUCAGGGCCCUGGGGAUGGAGCACAGGAGAUCAGAGCGAGCAGACACAGCCCCUUCUAGGGCAGAGAAGUGGUGCUGACUCCCAGUUCCUUUGAUGAACCAAGAAAUAAGCCUUUUUCUUCUGGUUCCCUACCUUUAAUUCAGGACCCAUUCUUCUGAGACUUUCCUAGGCAAUGUGGUGUUCAAAGCUCUAUUUAGGAAAAAGAAAAAUGCAGUGAUUUCAGAGCUUAGUGGCUCUCCAGUCCAGACACAACUUCAGACAGCAAUGACCUCGGUAAGAAGACCCAUGUCCGGAGCCCUGCCCAGCUCACUUUAUGCCAAGUGGACAUGCAUUUCCUACAGCUGCAGGGUGAGGAUUUCAGCUUAAGACUCCACCCCUGGGGUGUCUGCUGUUCACGUGUAGCAGAAAAUUAUCCUGAUGUUUACGAAGUUAUUUAAAUAUACAAAAGGUAUUUUCCGACAUCGUUUAAUUUCUUGAAAACUAUGGUUGGUUUGUUUUUAGCAUGCUCUUCAGACAGAUAACCUCAUGAUAAAGCAUGUCCUGUUGUUAAGAGACACAAAGUGGUUUCAAUACCACCAAAAAAAAUGUACAGUUUUAUCUGUAAAUAAUAGUAUAUGUGCAAAUAAGGAAUGGGCUUGUCUUCCCACCAAGUGGCUUCCCUGGGACAUGCUGAUAAAACCCUGAGUCAUUUAGGGCUGAUGCAAAGAUGCUAUGCUGAUGCAUAAGCUUUUGUCUGGGAUCAGCCAUGUGUCACAUACUCUGAGUCCCUUAGCACUGUCAGCCCUUUAACAGGGCUCAGAACUCAUAUGCUAAUGAAUCAGGAACUAUUUAACUCACUCCCAGGUGGUAGCCUUGGCAGAAUCUAGUUUAUAAGCUGUAUCUUUUUAUGAACAUAUCACUAUUACCAGAUUCUCUCUGUUCAUGAAAGGAGGGCAUCUUGUUCAUGUGAAUCUUGAGAUACUGUUUUGUGGCUUUUAGCCGGAAGUGAAAUUGAUCCUAAUUGUGGGGGAAUGAGGACAUUAUGUCACUCUCGGUGCUGGAACAUAGCUGGCACAGUAUUUGGUGAGGAGCACACCUGCUGAGGAUAAUGCUGGCAGGGGGCACAUUUAGAGUAAUUUUGCUAGAACUUCGAGAUAACGUAUAACUUCUUCCUCCUUUACCCGGAAACUUAUGGUUUCGAGGUAAUGGCUUUUUCUGCAGUUUGCCUGGGCAGAAGAAAGGGCUAAUUUAGAAAUAACACCCAUCUCUUCUUUAAGCCUGUAUGUUAGGGCAACACCCUUUGGAAUUUAUAGCGAUGUGAAACGUAACUGCAGACGUCACUACAUCUACAAGACGUGUUCACUGUGGACUUCCUACUGUGUGUGCACUCUACUUUUGCAAAUGUACCUUGCAUGGGAGGUUUUUACGUGGCUCCAGAAUUUCACCGUGACGUGCGUGCUGAGUCGCUCAGUCAAGUCUGACUUUUUGCCACUCUAUGGACUGUAGCCUGCCAGGCUCCUCUGUCCAUGGGAUUUCCUAGGCAGGAAUACUGGAGUGGGUUGCCAUUUCCUCCUCCAGGGUUCCUGUGAUGAUGCUUGUGUUCCAGAUUUUCACAGCACCUAACAUGGAUGGGUGAAGACAGCAGGGCAAGGUUUUCCCUGAUGAAAAUGUAGUGUUUUUUGAGCAUUUCUUAGAUUUCAUUGAUUUUCUUAGGUGUCCUUGUAUUCUUACAACACAUAGGAAUGGCUUGAAUAUUGGUUGACUUUCACCCCAUGGCUGAAAGUUCUUACCAUCCUGUGGGAGGGAUAUUUACAUGGAGAGUAGUUCCAGGAAGAAAUCCUGCUGAUAUGGAAAAUAGGAAAACCUCCUUAAAUUCACAUUCCAUGUGUCCUCGCAGCAUCUUGCCAUGACUGGAGUAUAAAUGUUAGACUGAACAUUGUGUAGCUCUGAGCAUUAUGUAGCUCUUCAUGGGUAAGUUUGUACCCCAGGAGAGAGAGAUACAGCCCUCAAUGCUCGUGAGGUCAUGGUGUUCUAAGCAUCUUCUUUGUCAUAAGCACCUUUGUUCCCAGACUGGAAGAGGAGAGGAUGGCUGUGUCAUUUUAGGGCAGGAUUUAAAGAAUGAUCAACUGAAUCACAUUUGUUAGGAAAAGUACCACUUACACAGAUGUAUUUCUUUGUCAAAAGUGUGUAUGUAUGUGUGUGCAAGUUGAGUGUAUAUGUGUGUGUGUGUGCAUGUACCAUGUGUGACUAUGUGUGUGUCUGGGUCCCAUCUCUUGAUGUUCCUGUCUCACAUCACGGCAAGGAGUGCAAUGUCCGCUGUGUCUCCUUAGGACCAGAAAUGAGUGUUUCUAACCUUGAAUUCAAUGUCCUCCAUGAAUUCUUUCCUCCCUGGUAAAAUCUUCUUGGAGACAGGACGUAGUGAAGGGUCAGGAAAAAUGCAUAAGAAGGAAACACCUUACAGCCAUGAGGAUAAAAAAAACUCCUGCAAUUCUGACCUGAAGGAGAGUAAGAACCACCAUUAGUGUCUUGAAUUACUCUUAUGAAUCUGGAUGCAUCCCUAUGCAAAAUUUGAGUCAAAACUCUAGGCUUAUUAUUAAAAAGGAACCAUAGUUUGGAAAGAUAGUUUUCAAAAAUCAAGGAAAAUUCACAAACAUCUUAAUAAAAUGGUUUCAUUUGAUGAUGCAUUGCUGAGAAAUGAAGUCCUUAAAUCUGCAUAACUGUUAUCCAGGCAAUUUAUAUAUAGAUGCUUCCUCUAGUAUUGGGACAUAAGAUAAAUAACUGGAAUAAAAGGACUACAUCAGCUGGCUUUAAAUUAGAGCUUUUUAUGGAGAAAACUGUGACAGGGUUGUAUGUCCAUUCAGUGGGGUUUGUUUUCCAAGCAAGAGCUGUUUGGAAGAU